ACAUUCUGUGUUCGAUUGCCAGUCGCGUCUGGACGGUUGUUGCGUUGAUAACAUUUACUAUCAUAAUGACUUCGUUAAAUCGGGAUUGUCUAAGCGAACACGAUCGUCAGGUGCUAGAAUCGAUAUUCAAUCCAUCUCAGAUCGGUGGCGAAGAGCUGCUGUAUAAUGGAGAAGAAGAACUACCUGAUGAUCUGCAAGAUAUCGCCGAACCGGAAAAUUCCCGUAUUCUGGAAUCGAAAGGCUUGGAAUUAGAAGCAAUUGCCCUAACUGAGAACGGCAAUCUGACGGACGCCAUCGAACUGUUCACCAAAGCCAUCGAGAUUGCGCCGGAACGUCCUGCACCAUGGAAUAAUCGAGCACAAGUUUAUCGAUAUUCGGGCAAUGAAAGCGCGGCACUGCAUGAUAUCGAACAAGCUUUGCAUCUAUCCAAACGUUCGGGUCGGACGGGCUGUCGAGCGUUUUGUCAGCGUGGUAUUUUGCGCAGGAAGCACGAGGAUAUCGAUGGUGCCCGUUCAGACUUUGAAAAGGCAGCAAAACUAGGAAGCAGAUUUGCUCGCACUCAGCUGAUCGAACUUAAUCCGUAUGCAGCACUUUGCAACCAGAUGCUGCGGGAGGUGAUGAAAGUAAAAUGAAAAGUUAUAUUCUUGUUUAUAAUUUGGUAUCUUCAAUUAUUUGAUAUACAAAUAAAAAUAAUAUUCGUCAUGCAUCAAGUAAUAAUCAACCGAUUGAAUUUCGUGGUCAUCACGAAGAAAAAAUUGGAUAAUAUUUUUUAUCAAUUUACUUGAGUUUAAACGAAUGCAGACGGCAAACCUUACAAAUAGAGGUAAAAUAAGUAAUUUGAUUUAGAUGAUAAAACAUGGUAAAAUAGACAUUUGAUCAUAAUUUGUCAA